GUAGGUGAUUAAGAUUUGGAUUUUGCAGCAUAACUGCGUGCUAUGCCUCGUCAUUAUCCUACCCGCAAAUAGACCUUCACCGAACUGUAUCGAAUUCGCCAAAAAAUAUUAAUCAUGAUGUCCGCCAUGUCAUCAUCCUUCGCUACAUCUAACGGCGCAACCUGCUCCGCCACCAGUACAAACGCCUUCCCCGGUAAACGCCACAUUCUUUGGGACCGAACAUGUACUGGGGUCGUCAGACACUUACCUCUAGGGCCGAGGCCGGUUGUGAUUGUGCCUUCCGCAGUCGCGAGAAAUCUGAGCCAUCGUCAGGGCUCACUUUUGACGCACUGCAACACGUUUGACACGCCUGGCGAGUUGCAUUUAGCAGUGGAAAGAUACGACAAGUACUUGUUCUUGUGGUGUCAGGUUGUGUUUUUUAAUUUUAGAGCUCGUUUUCUUUUCAAAUUGUUCAAUUGUUCCCACCUGUUUGUCGCAUGAUCGUCAUCCAUAUGUUCUUGAUUUUUGUAGAAGAGAAAAGCUCAACAUCUUCGUUGUAGCAACCCCUCCAUUGUCCAACAACCCAUCAACCUCAUCCAGCAUCCCAUCUGCGGAAGUUUCCGACGGCAUGUGCGUUAUGCACGUGGUUUCCAGCGAAUCCGAAUUGCCUAGGAUAUCCCGGCUGCGAGACCAACAGAUGCAAAGCAAAGGAGCCAUUGGCGCAGAGAAGUUCCACGCUCUGUCCGCUUUUGCCCACGCCGAUAGGUUCAGCAGUUCACUGAGACUGGAAUUCGUUUCUCAGGUCCCGAAGAUAGCGUUCACAUUGGUGCCGAUUGCGCCUGUGCCUCUAGUUGUAAACGAUAAUUUUCAGGUUGGAGGAAGUAGUUCGAGUACAACAUCGGCGCAUGCCGCGAACUCUUGUUCAACGUCGAAAGACAUCAAUAUUAUGGUCAGCUUUUUUCCAUCAUUCUCGGCAUCUUGGUACCCUUUUCCCUUGUAUUCUCGUGAAAUACAAGGUAAAAGGCGUCAAGAUGAGGGGGCCGAGAUGCAAUCUAGCAGACUCUAACAAUACUGCUCCUGCAAUUAUACCAAGAAUAAACGGAACAAGCUCCGCAUCUUCUACACCGGGUCCUGCUCCAAAUUCAUCUCCAGACAAGAAUAAAUCCUCGUCCACAUCUCGCUCUCCGCUUUGUGAACGGUUGUUGAAUCAAACGCGAAAGGGUCGCUUGGGGUAUGGCUACUUGACGUUGGACAAAGCAAGACGUGGAGUCCCGAUCUUAGAGCACGACCCAGCUGCUUUUACGACUCCAUUAGUGGGCGUAUGGGUUGACUUGCUGCACGCGCCGGGAGAAGGGGAUCAGGUACUGCUACUCCUAGGAGAAUGGGCGAAUUCCGAUCUUCAAGAGUCAUUAAAAAUGACUAUGCUGUGCCUGCUGUGCCUUACCCUACUUGAGCCUGAUUUUCUCUCAAUCCCAUCUAGUACACGAAUACCAACCCUCACCUUCUUUCCUCACAUUCACACCACCAGAUCGAGCACUCUCUGGUUUGGGAAGCGUGCAUGCGAUUUCUCACAAACGCCUCCGUUAAAGAGCGCGUUUACAUUGGCGCAAAAACCUUCCUUCUGAUGCUAUUCCAACGUGGAAAAGUUCGUUGUUUCGAAGUUUCAUCUCCCAUGUCCAGUUCCGAGUAUUUCGAACUCUCUAGCUCCAACAAGCUGGAGAAUCACACGUAUAGGGGAGAAGUAGAGCUGGACUACGACUCGAGCGAGAGGCAUAAAGUCGAAUUGGCGUUGGUGAAUGAGGGAGGUUAUGAGAGGACUUCGAUGUAAUUUUUCUUACAAGCUCCAAAUCAUCUACAAAAUCUACAUCAAUUCCAAUUGCUUUGACAACUGUGACUUCUUAAUAUUCUCUUCAUCCACGUUCUACCUCCAAAAGGAUCAGAAUUCUACUUGUACUUCCAAAAGGAUCACUCAGAAUCUUCAAGUCGAAAAUAACUUUCUUCGUUCUUCACUCCUGCUCUAACCUCGUCCUUUCCACUCCUCUGCAGCGCCUGGCUCCACGUGCGCGAGUAUGAUAAACGAGAGCUCGCUCUUCCUGACUGCAUCGAAGUUGAAUAUGAGCUUGGGUGGCGCCUUCACUCAAAGCAUGAUGGAAGGCACAUUUCCAGGUGCUCUCGGAGGUGGAGGUGGAGCAGGUGGCUUGUUCGCAGCUGGGAACAGUACUAAUAUUAAGGCUACCGCUAAAGCUAAUCCAAAUCUAUAGGCAUCCCUCAACCGUAUGCGCCCCGAUACAAGGGGAAUACCCACGCAUACGCGUGAGGGAUUUCUACAGGGAUGAAUUAGGAAGAGGUCUAAUAGUAGUCAUCAACCAGGACCACCAGUUGGGCAUCAAGUACCAGGCCAACAUCCACGAACAAACUGCUCUCUCGUUUCAUCAGGUGUUUGGGGAGCUGGAGGCUUAGCAUCGAACAAACCACUGCACCAGAUAAAUCAUAAUCAAGGAGGGCAACCUCAACUUCAAUAUAGCCAAAUCCAAAACGACCAUCGUCAAAACUACAUCAACCAAGGCUGCAACAAGCAUCCACAAGGAGGAGGUGGAGGAGUUCCAGCUGUUCCAACAUCUAUAGCAAUUUCUCCUUCUCGCAGCCCGCGCGAAAGCCUGAGAGAGACGAACGUCUACUGGGCAACAAAGGAACAAAACAAAGAGCGGCCAAAUAGCGGAGGAGAAAGCAAUCUGUUGUUGCAGGCGACGGAUGUAUUAACCUACAACUCGUAGGCAUGUGCUGAAGCUGAAGCUGAUUCAUCUCUCCUUAUCCGAUUUUUCACAGGAUGAUCAUUGGAGGUUCAGACCUUGGUGCAAACUGGAAUACCCUCUCAUGAUCUCCUCACUUUUUGGCUUCAAUCUGAAAAUUUCUCACAUCACACCACAACCACAGGACCUCGAUUCGUUCGCUGCACAGUGGAGCACACUGAAAAAACAAUAUCCGCCUCCAAAAUUAGGCACCGACGGUUUACGUGACUCAGCCCAGAAAAGCGACAAGCUGUGGAAUUUUCUCCAACAGCAGCAGGAUCAACUUUUCUCGUUGCAGCAAAAAGUGUGCGAUCUCACGGCGGCGUUGACGAAAAGUAUAGCGAUUUAAUGCCCCUUCUGUGCCAUUUAAUGUCUGACAUCAGCAUCUUUUUCUUUGCUCUUUGCUCCUCCUCAUUUUCGCCAUCAAUCAAACAGAAUCCUCGAACACCUCCGGGAUCCCAAUCCUUGGACCCCAGCAGGGGUCUCAGCAGGCACCUGCGAUAACGAACAAGCCAGAGCAGCAUCAAUCUUCAGCCGUUCAACAACUAGAGUCAGCGCCUUUUAAUCAUCUUUCGUCCAUUGUGGGACCAUUGCCUGUCGUACGCGAGGAAUCGUCAGGCCCUUCGUCUGGAAGUAUUUUGAAUCUAACUUCUAGCUGUAGCAUACAUGCAAGUGAUGUAUCAUCUGUUUCGGAAAUCUGGGUACGAGCAACGUUCUUUCACGUGAUUCUACAAGGUCGCUGCAUGGACGUAGUGGCGAUCGCACUAACAUAAGAUAUCAAAUUUUGAAAACUUAUAUUUUGAAAUUUCGAAUCGCAAUCGAGGUUUUAUUUUGAAGAUUUGAAUUCCUGUCACAAUUUUUGAUCACAUACCGUAGUUCUUUAGUUCGAAUUAUCAAAUUCACCAUAGACCCACAAUAGUGGUAUGCUUUGAAAUUAUGAAGCUUAGAAUUUCUAAUGCUAAAAUUGAACUUGAAACUGUUAGUUUUUGAACGAAGCCCUAAAUUUUUGAUUAUUAUUGAUUUAUAUUCCAUUUAUAUCAGAUCAAGUUCAUCAGAAACAUAACAAUUUUUCAAAUGUAAUCAUUGAAAUUGAUGAGUCGAUAUUGUCAUCCAUUCCAAAAAGCUAAAAAGAUCACUCUACGUACUCCAGACGACUCAACCCUUCGGCCAGCAGAUACGACCAACGCUACAGCUUCAGUCGACGCAAGUCAACAGUAUCUAACUGCCACAACUCCGACCACCACCGGUAAGAUUAAUGCAGCAGCUGCCGCUCUCGCUGAAGCAGCGGCUGGAGGUACUAGCAGUUCGUAUUCAUCUGAGCAGAAGGAUCAUCUAGGAAGAACAGGAGGAGAGCGUGUUGACCGUGCCACUGCCGCUGAAGUCUUGCGAAAAAGUAGUCCUAAGGACAAUGAGCUAAAUCCUUUGUGGGCAAAAGCGACUACGCCGGUAGGUGUAGCACAACCAAUCAUAGGAGCAGGUUUUUCGUUGGGAACGUCUGGUAGUCUUCUUGGUACCACGACCACGAAUCUCCCUAGUAACCCAAACCCUCCUCCUGUCUUCAACCUAGCUGCAACUAUAGGUGCGUCUUAUGCUCCUGGUGGAAGCACUCCUGGGAAAAAUAACAGUAGUGGUGUUUACCAUGUCAGUAGAAAAACAACUGGAGGAGGUGCAGGUUUACAACAACAGUCAUCACCUAAAAACGAUGUUGGAAACGAUGAAGCCCGUUCCUUCGCUGAAGAGGUUUACCAACGACAUUUGCCGAACCGGAUUGAUAGAAACUCACCACCGAGUACAUCCCGCUCUCCAACAUCUAGGACGACUAAGAACAUCUUGACAGGCACUAGGUUUGAUCCUGCUAGUAGAAUCAACCAAAUAAGUACUGGUAACUCCUCUUCUAGCCCAAAGCAUCAACUACAUCAAGUAGGUGGAGACCAUGAUGACGCUCACGACACAAAAAGUAAUGCUAGCAUGCUUUCGUCUGGAUGGCAAACUCUACCUGCGGAAGACAUAGACGAGGAUGAUGUCCUUGAGGAUGAUAGUUGUUCUACUGGUGGGCUGUCUGAUGGUCGUGGCAUAGUGAACAUGCCAGGAGGAGUUGUAGGAAGAAGUGCUCCAAGUCCACCCGAUGACGAUGAUGAAGACGGAGAUGAAGAGGACUUCUCUUCUUCUAGCACAUCAGUGGAAGUUGAAGCUCUACGGAAUAUGCGCUCCUUGAUACCGGACUCAGCAGCAGGCGCACUCAGAGGACGAGCAAGAGCGCACAAAAUUGCUGAGAGAAACACGACUGCCUCAGCGGCAGAGAAAAAGAUGAACAACCUCAUGUCCUCAACAGCAACAACAACGACUACAGGACGACGCGCGAUUGACAUACCAAGGAUUCAAUUUACUGAAUCAUUCUCAGACGAUGACUAUGGGGGAGACGGCAAUUAUGUUGGGGGAGGCGAUAACAUCUCCUUUAGUGAUGACGACGAUGAAGAUGAUGAAGAAAUUAAUGCAAUUUUACGAAAGUACACUUCUAGGGCGUAGAUGAUAUAAAAUGAGAAAGCCAAUUCCCCUGCUGCAUGUGGUGUAUCUGCAUGAAUCAAUUACUUCUAGAACUACAACUGCUCUUCAUCUACAUCAUCUACUAGAAGUACCAUCCACCUCCAUUUGAUAACUACGUUUCAAUCAAUUUGAUAACUACGUUUUCCUGCAGCGCCUGCUCCAGAUCAUGUUUUUGAUCCAGAUUAGUAGAACAAGUAGAAGAAGAACACUGCUCAC